AAAGGGCAACGAUGAAAGAUCAGAAUGGAGAGGAGAUCCAGACAAUCUUACAGGAGGCCCCCAGUGCCAGGCAGGCACUGCUGGACAACUACGCCAACCUGCACAAGGUGGCCGACUACUGCGAGAGCAACUACUUACAGGUGGAAGAUACAAAGAAGGCUCUGGAAGAGACCAAGGCCUUCACAACACAGUCCCUGGCCAGCGUGGCCUACCAAAUCAGCACCAUGGCCAGCAAUGUCCUGAAACUGCUGGACGCUCAGACCGCCCAGCUGCGCAGCCUGGAGUCCUCCGUCAACCUCAUCUCUCAGACAGUGGACAUGCACCGGGAAAAGGUUUCGCGGCGAGAGAUCGGCGUUUUCACCACGGUGAAGAGGAUGCCGCGCAACCAGAAAAUUAUCCCCCCGCCUGCCACCCCCGAGCAGAAGACUAAAUACUCCCGCACCCCUAUCGCGUACGCAACUCUGGACAGCGUGGGUCACGGGAUGAAGGACUCGAGCAAGCAGCUGGGAAGAACAGGGACCAUGAACCGUAAACAGCCGUCGAGGGAGCCCGGAGGUACUCUGGGGAGGAGCACCCGGGCGCCCGAAGCAGUCCAGUGUCCAGUGGCCCCAUCCCUGACACGCGGCCCGUCCCUGUCCUCCCUCAACGAGCGGCCCUCUGCGUAAGGAAGAAGCCGAGCGGGGGGGAGUGCACGCAAAGCGGUUAAACUCGAACAAAGGGGAACAAGUGGAAACGGUGCGGAAGUGCACUUAGAACUGAGAAUAGGAGACACGUCUUUACACAAAGGGUUGUGGGAGUCUGGAACCAGCUACCCAGUCAUGUUGCUGUAGCCGAUACCCUGGUCUCCUUCAAGUCAGCUGGAGGAGAUCCACGGUUCAAUUAACUCCUCACAGCCAGAAGGACUGGGUGGGCCAGAUCGCCCCCUAGUGGAAUAGUGAAAUAGAUUGAUGUGCCGCAAAUUCCUUCUGUUACAGUUCUGAGUCAAAGUAUGACCCAAAUAUGACCCAAAUUAUGACGGGUGGAAUUUAAAAAAAAUAUCUGUCCUCUGCCCAAAGGGCUGAGAUUAUUCAGGCUUGGUCAUAUCUGAAGGUGGAUGUCAGAUGACUUUAUAUACGGACAGGUCAAGUGACGGGAUAUUAACCUUCAGAACUAAUUGACCAGUUUCCCAAUGUUUAGAAACGAAAGCAGAAAAGUGCAGAAGCAACAGUAAAGCAUUUUAUGUUACCUGGGUGAAAGCUUGCAAACUACCCUCACUGCCAAAAUGUGUCCAGGGUCUGGGGUUGCUGAAGCACAGCUGUCACAAUGACGAGACACAGUAUAACUUUCAGAUUUAUUGCAUCUAGUGCCCGAGUCCCCAGUCCUGGUCCUGGGGGCCAGUCUGCCUGCAGUGUUCAGCUCAUCCCUGACUUAACUGGACCAACUGAGCAGCUUGUCCCAGCUCUUCAGGUGCUGCUGUUUUGAAGAGACCUGAAAGACCAGCAGACAUACAGUACCAGCCCUCCAGGACCAGGACU